CGCUUCGUUUUUAAUCCUUCGGUAGAAUAAAGGCACGUUCUUGCGAAAGUGUCAUACGCGCACGCGAGUAUGAACGAUGCGAUACUCUACUAGCGGCAAUUUCGAUGUUAGAUCGUCGAAACGAUCGUUGCGCCGUUCGUAGAUAAGUCAGUACUAGAAAUACUUUGUACGAGACGAGAGCCGGCGUACGAGCGCCGACGUGGUCGGAAAAAAUAUUUGGCGCGCGAAUUAUUCGUCGCGGGCCGCGUGUACGAUAAGAGAUAGAAAAUUUCUCUUAGCAAGAGAGAGAGAGAGAGAGAGAGAGAGAGAGUUCUCUCGUUAAGAAAGACCUUCGCGGCCGCUUCAUUUUUAGCUUCAUUUUUUCGUAAACACGUACCGGUCUCGCGUGCGUACGCGUCAUAUCGUCUUCAGCAUAAAUUCCUGGGACGAACUCGGAUUAAAAGAUUUUUAAAAAGCAAAACGAUCGGACGAAAAGAACAGCCACUUGGGAAUGAAUGUGUAAAUUUAAGUAGUGACUCGAUCGAACGGCUUUUAAAAGAAUGUUCAGUAAAAAUAAGUGAAAUACAGAUAGACGCGACAUACGGCGAGCAUAGAGGAGAAGGAUGAUGCAGGCCGGAUUGAUCUACAGGAAGCCCUCGACGAUGAUAACGUCGAGCCAGGGCAUCGGUGGUGCCUUCGGACGAUCCGCAGGUGGGAAGGAGGCCGUCCCUAAUGAUAAAACGAGGAAAAGCGUGGAACGAGACUCGAAAGAGACGAUACACUCUGGUCAUUUCAUGGUUUCUGAUUUCGAGGCGGAGGCUCAGGACGACGAGGACGAGCUCGCCGUUCCCGUUCCGGACGAGGAAAAUGGGAAAUUGGCGAUCAUGACGCCGGUCGGUUUUUCCCUAAAAAAGUUUGUCGACGGUGAUAUUCUCGACGAUCAACCGAAUUCUCAACAGCAGCUCAGCAUCGAGACGUCCUUGAACAAGCUCUUUCAGUGCAUGUCCUUGGCCUACAGACAGAAGCUGACGUCGCCCAAAUGGAAUCGCUUCAAAGGGAUCAGACUAAGAUGGAAGGACAAGAUCAGAUUGAACAACGUUAUCUGGAGAUGCUGGCACAUGCAGUUUAUACUGAAGCAAAACACGUUGGUGUGCCAGUUCGCGUCGCCCCUGGACGUCGACACUCAUAAUAAGCCGGAGGCGGUCGUCCUGGAAGGCAAAUACUGGAAACGAAAACUUGCUGCGGUUACUGCGGAAUAUAAGAAAUGGCGCAUGUUCUACAGAAACAAAAUUCUUGGCUGGACGAACAAGGAUGGUACCGAGGUGAUGGAAUCGAUGGACACGCUAGAUUGGAACAAUGGCAUGGAAACGUCGGAAAAUUUUGGCACGAAUACGACGAACGCGUAUGGGAGCACCGGUGGGGCUCACAGCGGAGAGAGUAUGAUGGUUGACGAAGACUAUAUGGAGCUUAUGACGGAUACGCUAUUCUCCACGAUUAGUUCGAAUCAACCUAUAUACUUUCCAGAUCCCAGAGAAAUCGCGCGCGGAGCGAGCCUGGCGGAUUUCAUUCAACCGAGCUUGGGACCACUUCAACCUAAUCUCGACGAUUUUAUGGACACGCUCGAGCCUUUGCAAGAAUUCUUGAACUCAAAGUUACCACCUGUACCGGAAGAGGAGGACAUGUUUCGAGGUGGUAGCUUAAACGCCAAUUAUCCCGAUAUCGAUCUGAUGACGCCGAUCAAUCAGAUGAACGAACUGAACGAGGAGGCUACGUCGAAGGACGAACGCUCGUCGACGGUCUUGUCCGUGGAACGGGGAAACGGCAUGCAGAAUCUUCAAUAUACCGGAAAGAUAUAUAACCAGUCUGAGGCGGAGUCUGGCAGCGUUUACAGGAAUGACAUGGACGUAGAGAUGAAUUACAGGGCUGCCGUGGAAGAAAAUUUUGAGAGGUCGACGGCGACGAGAACGACGAGGACGGCGACGACGACUGCGACGGCGAUUACGACUACGACGACCACGACGACUGCGACGACUACGACUACUACGACUACUACGAGUAAUGAUCAAUCCACGCGUGAAAAGAUCCGACAAGAGAAUCGUCGAUCCGGUAGAAUAAGUCGCGUGAUACAACAGACCCACCAACAGACAUCUCAACGAGCUGACGCGUAUCGGCAGGCCGUUCAAAGUGUACAAACGGUUCAACGAAAUUCGGUCUACGAGCAGCCGCCGAGCCAGCAGCAAUCUUCUUAUGCCAUGGAAGUACAAGCGACGGUGCAAUUGGCCGCUCCCGUCGACAAUCGAAUACAGGUAGCGACGUUGAACGAUCGGUCCGUCGUCAAUGCGACCCAGAUCUCCUCCUCGAUGGCCGCCGAGGUACAAAAUUUGGUAACGGCCCAGCAGCAAAGCUUUGCGCAAAGUAACGCGGCAUUGCCGGGCACUCAGCAGCACCGGUCCAUAAGAUCUUUACCGCCUACCCCGCCGAUGUCUACGAAGCCUUAUAAAAUCGUUCAACCACAGCCAAAUACUUGUUACAAGCUAUCGAACAUCGGUCAAAACUUUAAUACUCAGCAACAAUGUAAAUUCACUGGCAAUAACUUCAAGACGCAUCAUCCCGCUCAGCAACAAGUCGUAUCGCUUCCAACGCAACAAUCAACGCAAUCGCCUAUACUUUUACAAUGCAGAUCUUCCGGAUUGGAUCUUACAUUGCAACCGACAAAAUUAGUACCACAAUCGAUUCAAACUACGUCGGAGAAGGAAGUCUUUGCGGUGCCUAAGUACCAAAUGAAAGCACGAAACAGAUCUAGGAGUAGUUCUUCCUUGAUACCUCCGAGGAUGAAUCAAUUGCCCUUGGCCUCGGCAAUUAGCGACCCUGCUCUAAAUUUAAAUAACAAUGUCUUGCUUGCGCACCUCCUUACCAACAAUACGUCCGGUAUAUGUACGAUGAACGCGUCGACCGAAAAAAUAAUACCAACGACGAAUAAUCAAUCCGGCACGGUUAAGCAUAUAUUACCCAUUUUACCACCGACAGCUUCGGCCACCCAAGUAACGACUACUCAUCACAUUGCGACGCCAGUCACGGUUCAAGCUAUACAAACUUCCUCCAUGCAAGCAUCGCAGCACCAACAACAACAACAACAGGGGAUACAAUCGAGUCAACAGAUUCUCUUGAACAAUCAAACUCAUCCACCGCAGAACAGUCCUGGCUCGCCCAAGGAUCAUUCCAACGCGCCUAGUCCUCAAGCUUUGAGUCUGAGUCCUCUUCACAGUCCAAUGAGCAUCGGUAGUCCAUUGUCGCCAACGCGAAGUUACGUUAAAGGAGAAUCGGAACGUGGACAGUACAAGGAACAAAGAAGGGUCGGCCAUAUCCAUGCCGAACAAAAGCGUAGAUACAAUAUUAAGAAUGGUUUUGACAUGCUUCACAGUUUAAUACCGCAGCUCAAUCAAAAUCCCAAUGCAAAAUUGAGUAAAGCUGCCAUGUUACAAAAAGGAGCGGAUUAUAUUAAACAAUUAAGGGCAGAAAGGAAUCAGCUCAAGGAGGAGAUGGACAAUUUGAGACAUCAGAUCGAGUGCCUUAAUACUUCUAUCAGUAAUUGUCAAUCCAUGCUUCCUGCAACGGGUGCCCCAGUCUCGAGACACAGAACCAAUAAGAUGAAGGAAAUGUUCGAUGAAUACGUUCGCACCCGUACUCGAGAAAAUUGGAAAUUUUGGAUCUUUAGCAUUUUGCUUGAACCCCUAAUGCUAUCCUUCAAUACUUCGGUAUCAACGGCGAGUAUCGAGGACCUCUACAGAAGUACAAUAUUAUGGGUCGAGCAGCAUUGCUCGCUCGUAGAUCUCAGGCCAGCUGUUCUCAACUCCCUAAGGUAUCUGUGUACUGCCACUGAUAUUUUGGCAGAUCCUGGUCGCCUGCCCGAGGAAGCACUCGCGGCGGUUAAUAGAACGGAACGACGGCGAUCCAUACAGUGACGAUCGAGUUCAGAACGGAGAUCUCUUGGAAAAGCAAACGCGCGAAAUAUAUUGAGACGCCAUGUAGAAAUCUAAAGUUACCUUACUCAGUAAGGCCGUUAAUAAUCGAAGAACAUAUUCAAAUAAGUGAUAUAAAUCAUAUAUUUUUGUCAAAGCACAAACUCGUACAUUCAGGAUCUCUCAUUAAAGUCCUUUAAUACCAAGAAAGAAAUGUCAUUGAAGAAGAUUCGAUCGAUCGAUGGGGAUCGCUCGAAAAAAAGAAAAACUUAUCGAUUCGGGAAAUCCCACUUCGCACUCUUUCGCAUUGACUUUGCCUCUCCCUCUUAAUAGUUAAAUACGAAUACAUAUAUAUAUAUAUAUAUAUAGACAUAUAUAUACAUAUAUUCUUCAUUCGGUAGAUAGGAAAAUGUGCGAUGAGGUUCUUUCACGGGCAUUUUCUGCAUCAUUUCUUAACAACGUUUAAUAAUUAUUAUUCCAUGCAGAUAUAUUUUAGACGCGAACAACGACACUGGUAUCCAACAGUGACCAUUUAAACUCGAUCAAUUCUGUGAUAUCUUUAAUAACGUACUAACCCGAUUACACUGUAAAUUCUCAAAAACAUCAUUCACAAAUGUAUCCGUGCAUUGGUGUAAUUAUGCGCAAUGGUCGAUGGAAUACCAUUAUGCCACCGGCCAUUUCAUAUGAUACGAUCAAUUUAAACUUUAGUGUGUUUAAUAAAAAUAAAUUGAUUUUUGAGCGAAGCAAAUUAUGGAUAUAACCCAUCUAUAAAUGGGGCUAAGUGUUGUUCUUUUGUAAUAAUAAUAAAGAAAAGUUUUUUCUAUGUAAUUAUCAAACGUAUCAUAAAGCUCGCGCGAGAUGUGAUAGGUAAUGUUUGGAAUCUUACGAUCUGUAUAAAUUUCUUUUUCUCUUAAACGCCUUCGGUAUAUCGCGUACGAGGAGAUUACGAUCUUGCAUACAAAUGCAAUCUCGCUCACGAUCUUCAACUUGCCUUAAAAUAUUAGUCGCACGUAGAUUAUAAUCUGAAAUCGUACAUACUGCAUCGGUGCAUACAUUUUUUUCUUUCUCCCUUUAAAUGACGACACACUACGCCCGUUAUAUAUCGUCGUAUAGUCAUCCAAAAAAAAACGUAUUACGGCAAACAGUGGACACUUUGUUCGAAUUCAUUUGCAAUGAAAAAGUAGUUAAAUAUAUGAGUCUCCCAAUGUAUACUUUGACAUUUGUCAUUUUUAACGACGCUGUAUUGGUCAUUUUAAAGGCAUUUCGAGUUGCAUUGUCCGAGAAUUUAUUUAACGCGUGGCUCGUUAUGUCGUACUAACUUAAAAAUAUAAAGGAAAGGAAAAAAAAAAAAAGAAGGCGAGAUUCUAUACGACGUACUUGUACAUUGAUCAAAAUGACAUGGAAAUAUUUGCGGCCCUCCUCAAUGUUCAAUACAAAGGAACAACGAGAUCGAUCCACGUAGACGUGUAGCUAUGCCAAAUAAUUAUUUACUUACGUACAUUAUAUUAUCUAAGAUCUUUGCAAACAUAAAGUUUCUUGUAUCGAUUUUCUAACAAGUUUUCAAUCACUUCCAUAAAUAGGUGCCAUAUAAUGUUAAUGUUAUAUUACAAGAGACUGUUAAUAUUAAAGUAAUACAAUCAACAGUCGCUUUAAACGCGAAGCUUUUGCCAUAUUAAGAGAAGAGAGAGUAUAUAAAUUCGAGUUAUGCCUCCAACCGUGUGCCUCUAUAAAUUUUAUCAAACAUUAAUAUUAUUAAUAUCCGUGUUAUAUUAGAUUUUCACUUUGCGAGCUAGCCACUAUUACGCAUAAAGAGGAAAAACAAAAAAGAAAAUAGCACAUACAUACCUAUAUGCGUAUACACGCACGCACACACACACACACAUAUAUAUAUAUAUAUAUAUAUAUAUAUAUUGUGUGUGUGUUACAGAGUAAUAUAUAUUAAUAUGUAACUUUAUGUAUCGAAAAUGUACAAAUCGCAUAUAAGUAUCAAUUAUUAGAGCUUAGCUACGUUAAAGUACUACUCUGGAUAUUACGAGUAUUCUCAUUUUUUGUACGAUUGCACGUACAUAUCUAUGUAUGUCCAUGAAGAAAACUCAUCUAUGAACGUGGUCCUUAUUUUGUGCGUAUGUACAUACAUGUGUAUAAACACAUAAGGGAAGAAGAAGUACGAUCAUGGAAAAAAUAAAAUUUCUCCAAAACGUUUAUUUUUUCGAAACUCGUUGUUGCAACCAUAUACGUACAUCAUUUGUUUCGAUCGUUUAACUCCUUUCGUAAAAUUCUUAUUACUUUUUUUGUAAGCUAUACGACGACGUACGAAUGUCUUUUUUCUUUUUCUUUUUACCUAUAAACUUAUGACGCGUUUAUAUAUACAUAUAUAUAUAUACAUACAUAUGCAUAUGCAUGUAUAUGCACAUGUAUAUAUACACAUAGGUAUUUGCAAGAAGAGCGCGCGAAACAGCAAAGGAAUGUUUGUUUAUUUUGUACAUACAAUAUCUAUCAUGUUCACGUGACAAUUAUACUAUAACGUUAUUAUUAAAACAAAUGUUAAUCUUGAUAAAAUGGGAUAACGAUAUUGUACCUUGUAUAUUUGUUACAAUUAUUCACGUUAGAAAAUAAAUACUGUUGAUGGCA